AUGACGCAACCCAUGGUCGUCGAACAUCCCGAUCACGGCGGUGGGCUCAAGCAAACAGAGAAGAUGCCAGCCCUUUCGGCCAAUGAAGUUUCUCUGGUGGUUUUCCACCUAUUCCCGAACCUCCCAACAGAACUUCGUCUCAAGAUCUGGAAGGCGGCGUGUUUCCCUUACGCAAAGAACCAACGUGGCUUACACUACAUCGAUCUGGCAAGCAUUGGGGAUGACUUACGCUCUUGGAUAGGGCUGCCGACGAAGGCGCCCAUGGAGAUGAAGGCACUUCAUCCCGACUUCCCGACCUCGAACAGUGGGCAGCAGGUUGUAGGACGUGCAAACAGAUCCACAUACAUGUGGGAUGCUGGUCUCUGGAAGGCAUGCAAAGAGUCAAGAGAGGUUAUUUCCACGCACUUCCAAAUGAACAUUUGGCGUGGUACUCAGGGUAAAGACAUUGAUGCCCUCAAAGUGGAUGAGUGCCUCAGCAAGGCUUGCCAACCGUACCCUUCGCAGCUGUACACUGAGGAAUCGACCUCUGAAGACGACGAGGAACUGUAUAAGAAGCGACCAGGUGAUCAAGAUUCAGUUCUUGAGCCUGAGCCCUUUCUCCCUACAUGUCUUCUUUCUCACAACCAAAAGCAUGCAGAACCAUUUAUGGUUAUGCCCACCCGAGACCUAUUUUGCAUCCAGAACCCCGGGAAACACCUGUUACCACUCGUUCUCAAUGACGCUUGUCUGCAAGUUUCGUGUCCAGGUGGCAAGACAAUCGUUCUCCGACACUCCUUCAACCUUGCCUUGGAGUUUGAUACCACCUGGUUCGAUAAUUUCCCUGGCAGCUGGGCCGAACUCAUCAAGGAAAAGUCACCUCGAGGCGUUUUUGCGAACUGGGUUCAAAGCUGCAAUUGGAGCAAGGGCAAUGCCCCGUGUAUCUAUCUGCUCAACAAGGCUGCUCGUUGGGGGCCAGUUCUCGUUCGUCACGAAGAGGAGCAUGGUCGAUAUCAAACCGAGUAUCGAGUUGAUGAGUUUGACAACGGCAGCUACCGUGAAAUCGAACAGGAAAGCGAAGACGGCAAGGAAGCCCAAGAGACAACUGAACUUUAG